GUUGCUAUGGGGCGCGCGCUGGCGGAGGCCAUGUUGGCCAUGUUCGCGUCAAUGGGAAAGGAAAGAGGUGGCCGGGUUCGCUUGUCGUCCGGUACUCGAGCCUAGCCUCCCAAAGCGAGUGUCUGGCUGAGUUGCGUCAUAAAGUCAGAUUUCUUAACAUUAUUAUCUGAAUUAAUAAUAAUAUCUGAGUUGCGUGUUAUUGUGAACCUGGGGUUAGUCGAGCUUCCGCAACGAAAGCAUGGCUCGUCAAACGCGGCUCUAGUUCUACCUUAUGAUGCCUUUUGCCCGGCCAUUGCAUUCCUGGCACAAAAUGGAGGUGCACAGCUUUAGCGGCGAGAUCAACGGGCAUCAGGUCACAGAUGAACCGAUGGAAGAGGGAGAAUCCUGCACACACUGUAAAUACCAUCGUAUAUACCACACUGAGAUGUCAGGAUGGUAUGAAGGAUGAUGGGUCCUAUAAGGAGAUCCCGAUCACUCAUCAUGUCAGGGAGGGCUGUGAAAAGGCUGACCCUUCCCAGUUUGAGCUGCUUAAAGUAUUGGGCCAGGGAUCAUUUGGAAAGGUGUUCUUGGUGAGGAAGAUAAUGGGCCCAGAUGCUGGUCAGCUGUAUGCAAUGAAAGUCCUCAAAAAGGCAUCGUUAAAAGUGAGGGACAGGGUUCGCACAAAGAUGGAACGAGAUAUUCUGGUAGAAGUGAAUCAUCCCUUCAUUGUGAAGUUGCACUAUGCCUUUCAGACAGAAGGGAAGCUCUAUUUAAUUUUGGAUUUUCUCAGGGGUGGAGAUGUAUUUACUCGCUUAUCCAAAGAGGUUAUGUUUACAGAGGAGGAUGUGAAAUUCUACCUUGCAGAGCUGGCCCUUGCAUUGGAUCACCUUCACAACCUAGGCAUUGUUUACAGAGACCUGAAGCCUGAAAACAUUUUGCUUGAUGAAGCUGGACAUAUCAAGCUAACAGACUUCGGGCUCAGUAAAGAAUCCGUAGAUCAGGAUAGAAAAGCAUACUCUUUUUGUGGCACUGUGGAAUAUAUGGCCCCUGAGGUGGUCAACAGGAGAGGACACACACAGAGUGCUGACUGGUGGUCUCUUGGCGUUCUAAUGUUUGAAAUGCUGACAGGGACGUUACCAUUUCAAGGAAAAGACCGGAAUGAAACGAUGAACAUGAUUCUUAAAGCUAAAUUGGGAAUGCCACAGUUUUUAAGUUUGGAAGCACAGAGUCUUUUAAGAAUGCUCUUUAAAAGAAACCCAGCAAAUCGUUUAGGAGCUGGUCCAGAUGGUGUGGAGGAGAUCAAACGACAUGCCUUUUUUUCCACCAUAGACUGGAAUAAACUCUACCGGUGUGAACUUCAGCCUCCUUUCAAACCUGCAGCAGGAAAACCAGAUGACACGUUCUGCUUUGAUCCUGAGUUCACAGCAAAAACCCCAAAAGACUCUCCAGGCAUUCCUCCCAGUGCAAAUGCACACCAGCUCUUUAAAGGCUUCAGCUUUGUCGCACCGGUCUCCCUGGAGGAGAGCAAGAGCUCCCCUUUAGUUAACAUCCUCCCCAUUGUUCAGAUGCAUAGCGGCACAGCACAGUUCUCGGACGUGUACGAAACGAAAGAGGACAUCGGCGUGGGCUCAUACUCCAUAUGCAAGCGCUGUAUCCACAGAGUCACAGCUAUGGAGUUUGCAGUGAAGAUUAUUGACAAAAGUAAACGAGACCCUUCAGAGGAGAUUGAAAUUCUUAUGCGGUACGGCCAGCACCCAAAUAUCAUCACGUUGAAGGAUGUGUAUGAUGAGGGACGAUUUGUGUAUCUGGUAACGGAGCUAAUGAAGGGAGGAGAGCUGUUGGAUAAGAUUCUUAGGCAGAAGUUCUUCUCCGAGCGAGAAGCGAGUGCUGUGCUCUACACCAUCACCAAAACAGUGGACUAUUUGCACUGCCAAGGGGUGGUUCAUCGGGACCUGAAGCCCAGCAACAUUCUGUAUAUGGAUGAUUCGGGGAACCCCGACUCCAUCCGAAUCUGCGACUUUGGCUUUGCCAAGCAGUUGAGGGGGGAUAAUGGCCUCCUUCUCACACCAUGUUACACUGCUAACUUUGUUGCCCCUGAGGUAUUGAUGCGUCAGGGUUAUGAUGCAGCCUGUGACAUUUGGAGUCUGGGAGUUCUUCUUUAUACCAUGUUAGCUGGGUACACCCCUUUCGCUAAUGGCCCCAAUGACACCCCAGAGGAGAUUCUGUUGCGUAUCGGCAGUGGCAAAUUCUCUCUCAGUGGAGGAAACUGGGAUACUGUGUCUGACUCCUCAAAGGAUCUUUUGUCUCACAUGCUUCAUGUGGACCCUCAUCAACGGUAUUCGGCCGAGCAGGUACUGAAACACUCAUGGAUCGCCUGCCGGGACCAGCUUCCCCAUUUCCAGCUCACCCGACAUGAUGCACCUCAUUUAGUUAAGGGAGCAAUGGCCGCUACAUACUCGGCACUGAAUCAUAAGACAUGCCAGCCAGUCCUGGAACCCGUGGCAGCUUCCAAUUUGGCCCAGCGCAGAAGCAUGAAGAAGUUAACUUCCACUGACAUGUUGUGAACAGAAGCAUCUUCACAUCACUGUGUUCUCUCAUCCCCAUUAUGUCUAUUUAUUUGUUUGGCUGCUCCUGUCCCCACUGUUUUGGCAUUUUUCCUCAGCUCCUGCACAUUGUAAUUGGACACCAGACAUUGUCUAAUUGGACACUUUUACAUCAGGGAGGCUGUUUAGCAAGUUGCAGACUGAGAGACUGCACUGAACAUGGCUGAAAUUUAAAUCCAAAAUGCUGCAGGGCUGCAGUGUGUGUGUGUGUGUGUGUGUGUGUGUGUGUGUGUGUUCUCUCCCAUUUCCUCUUGUAUAUACAUUCUCUGGAACUCUCCUAUCUUUGUCUUUUCUCAAUCAUUCUUCAUCUUCUCUCUCCAUCCUUCCCUCUCAGUGGGGAAACCAGCACCAGCGCCUAUUCUCAUUCACUGUGACUGGCUGACCUAAAGCUGCUUUAAGUAAACUGUGCUCUGCCUUCUUUCCCCAAUUUACAUCUCUGUUCAUUCACGACUCCUCUGUCUUGAUCAGCCUACUCCUGUCUCUUGACAAUUUAUCUGGGAGGGAAAGUGCAUUUUGGAAGUUUCCGAUCUAUUAAAGCCAUUUAGCAUGCGGCUUGAGGAGUCAGUGUGUCUGAACCACUCAAUGUUACCUCAAGUCGAAUUGACGAGCUGAAAGCAGACUUUAAGCUUUCAAUGGGUGUAUAUAGAAUUUAGCACCAGAGUGAUUGUCAAAAACACACACACACACACACACACACACACAUAUGAUCUACCCCCAUCAUAUCAAUUAUUAUAUUUAAGCACAUUUGCACUGAAGCUUGUCAGGUUGUUGCUCCCCCCCUUAUUUAUUUUUUUUCCACCUGCACCCUACCUUGAUCCUUUUCUUAAAAUUCCUAUUUGUGUUAAACAAAAAAAAUAAGCUAAAGUUGAAAUAAUAGAAACUAUCAAAGGUCAACAAAUGUGGACCGGAGUUCAUAGUGUUGGAUCCAGUAUUAGGGCAAACCAAGGAUUCAUGGGAUGAUCCAUUUUGUAUGUGUGUGUGUGUGUGUGUGUGUGUGUGUGUGUGUGUGUGUGUGUGUGUGUGUGUGUGUGUGUGUAAAAUAUAUAUAUUGUAUUUAUUUCAUUUAAUUGUUAAGAUUCUAUUUUUCUUUCUGGUUCUGUAUAUAUUAGCAUUAAAGAUUAGAAAAACA